AUGCAGCGAGCGACGUACGCGCAAUCGCCCCCCCUUCACCAUCCAGUUCCUCAGCAUGUGUCAACCGUGCCCCAACUAAGAUCGCCGCCUCCUCCCCCGGGCUCUGCGCAAUCGCACGGCUACGGGGGCAGCGGGACGACUCCCUACCAGCAGCAGGGAGGUACCAGCGGGAAUGUCUUUGGCGCCUACGGAAACUUUAUGAACGAUCCCACGGCGCAGGUGGCGGCGCAGUUCGGCCAGACGGCCUUCAAGCAUGGACAAGAGUACAUGGAGCAGAACUUUGGCCGAUAUGUCAACGUCUCUGCGCUCAAGCACUACUUCAACGUCUCCAACUCGUACGUCGUCAACAAGCUCUUCCUCGUCGUCUUCCCCUGGAGGCACAAGCCUUGGUCGCGCAAGCAAGCCGUCGGGCAGAAUGGGCAGGAGGGCUGGUACCUCGCCCCGCGAGACGACAUCAACAGCCCCGACAUGUACAUCCCAGUCAUGGCAAUCGUCACAUAUAUCCUCCUCUCGACCCUGAUCGCCGGUCUCGGUGGCAAGUUCCAGCCUGAGCUCCUCGGAAAGACGGCCACGAUUGGCCUCGUCGUUGUCAUUGUCGAGAUUAUCGCCCUCAAGUUGGGAUGCUACCUCCUGAGCAUCUCUAGCCAGUCACAGCUGUUGGAUCUGAUCGCAUACUCGGGCUAUAAGUUUGUGGGCAUCAUUGUUACCAUUGUUGUUGCCGAGAUCCUCAACGGCGGCAAGGGAACUGGUGGCUGGAUUGGCUGGGGAGUGUUUCUGUACACCUUCCUGGCCAACUCGCUCUUCUUGAUGCGAUCACUCAAGUACGUGCUCCUCCCCGAGACGUCGGGCGGCAACAACGGACCGAUGCAGACCGACUCUCGAGCGAAGCGCAACCAGCGGACUCAGUUCCUCUUCUUCUACUCGUACAUUGUGCAGUUCUUCUUCAUGUGGGUUCUUACCAGGGUGAAAAAGAACUAA